AUGCUUUCCGACGAAGACUUCGCUGUGCCCGCCGGGGAUCAGUCAGUACAAGUUCGAAUCAUCGAUUCGACCGCGAGAAUUGACAAUUUGGAGUUGAGAUUCUUGAUGGAGCCACCUUAUCGAGGGUUCAAAUACAUGCCGACCAUGCCAUCAUGGUCGUUCUUAAUUGAGCAUCCUUCAGGUAAAAAGGCGUUAUUUGACCUGGGAGUCCCGAAAUCAUGGAAGUCGUUUCCUCCUGCCUCUAUUGGACAUAUUGACAGCCUCGGAUGGAAUAUCAGAGUGGAAGAAGAGGUCAUUGAUAUCCUGUCCCGGAACGGGGUACGCCCAGAGGAAAUAUCCAGCAUCAUCUGGAGUCACUGGCACUGGGAUCACAUCGGAGAGCCCUCCAGAUACCCUUCUACCACAGAGCUAGUGGUUGGGCCAGGUUUCAAAGAUGCAUUCUUACCCGCGUUCCCAGCAAACCAGAACUCCCCCAUUCGACAGCUCGAUGUCACUGGGAGGUCGUUGCAAGAGAUAGACUUUGAGAAGAAUCCCAUUCAGAUCGGCCGCUUUCGUGGAUUUGACUUCUUUGGUGACGGUUCGUUUUAUAUUCUCGAUACUCCUGGCCAUGCAGUGGGGCAUCUAGCUGGCCUUGCACGAACUACCAGCAGUCCGGACACUUUCAUUUUCAUGGGCGGCGACCUGUGUCACCACAGCGGGGAGAUCAGACCAUCGAAGCAUCUUCGCAUUCCUAAGGAGGUAGUUCUAGCUUCACCCCAGGCUGCUUUACCCUGCCCUGGCGCUCUUUUUGAAGAUUUGCAGAGAGAGCAACGUAGGUCUCCAGAUGAGCCGUUCUUUGACCCCUCGGUCGGUCUCGAUAUACCUGAAGCGAUAAGAACGAUCAAAAAAGCACAGGACGCGGAUAAGCAAGAUAAUGUCUGGUUCAUAUACGCGCACGAUCCCAUAUUACAUGGAAUUGUCGAUCUCUUCCCUCUGCCAGCGAACAAAUGGAAAGAGAAGAAUUGGAGAAGCCAAACAUUAUGGGCAUUCCUGCGCGAUUUUGAAGCGGGUAUCAGCAAAUAA